AUGUUUUGACAACUCCUAGUUUCAUUCUAGCUAUAUUUUUUUAUAUUAUCAAUCUUUUUUAUAUUAAUUUUGCUAAGAUCUUUUAAAUCCAAAAUCAUGGCCGAAGAACCAAAGCCGUGCAAGCCGUUGGUUUUAAACAACCUUUUGAUCCAGAAUGUGAACACAUGGGGUAAUGUGCAGUAUAAUAUUCCCCUGAGGUUGUCCGCCAAUGAGACGCGCACAGGAACCAGUAUUGCUCUCAGGCAUAUACCACCGAUUCCUCACGCGAUGGAUUGUAAAAUCGACGAGCCGCUUCCCAAAAGAGUGACAGGUCGCGACAUGGUCACAGAAAAGGAGACGUAUAGAACUACCACAGGGGAGUACUGUGUCAAACCAAACCCGAAUAAGGCUAUGGAGAGGUCGGACUGUGCCAUCAACUGCAGGAGAGUCAGCUUCAUGACUGGAGUAGAGAAACGGCUGCAAGCAAAGAGCAUAGUGCAGCCGACAAUUAUGUCCGAAAUGAAGUCAAGCUUUCAAGGGGCGCAGAGACCGGCCAUGGCCCCGCAAGACAUCAUAAUCAAAGCGCCCGAUCCAGAAUUUAUAUUUGAUGUCGUAGCAUCCGGAAGGAAUGAAGCCACAGCAAUAACGGACAGCGAUUUGGGUUUCCAACGGCUGCUAGACCCUUACGUGUCCACCUACAGGUUCUAUCACAAGCCCUUCACUACUGAAGACCAAUAUGGAAUCGCGGCGAAGGACCAUAUCACUUUCUACUCAGAGUUUGACGUGCCGAAGGUCAGAGGAUUCGGUCCUCAACACAAGGAGAUUUGGAUGCCUCAACUGUCCAAAGUCCACAGAAAUGUCUACGACAGGAUCCACGUGAAGAAAGAGGCUAAGGAAGUCGCAGCUUGUCAUAACCCCGUAAAUAAUAUCAAGGGGGUAUUCAUAUCUGAAACGAAGAGAAAAUACAAGUUGCCUUUCGCUCUUUCGCCCAACGCUUCCUGGACUCACGGAGAGGACUUCCACCUAGCGCCCUUCCCACCCAAUCCCUGGCAGACCAACAUUGCGCCUUUUAUGUACUGCAGCGACUACUGCCAUAUCGCCCAAGGUACCAGGCCGAGCACUGUCAUCGACCAGAUGGUGCACGAGCUACCCCCGAGACCAGAAUCUAAUAGGAGAUAUAUCGUGUCACGGGAUUAUGGUCCGUAACAAUAAAAUUAUACUAACAUCAAUUUAUUUUUAUUCUAUCGCUUUUGCUUUUUUCUCUCUUAGCUUGAGAUAUUUAUUUUGCUUCUACUAGCUAAAGAUACUUUUGGAAUCAUCGGCUUACAUUGGCUUGCAAAGGAACUGUAGCACGGCACACUAUGGUUUUCUUGAAAAUACUUGUCAGGUAAAAACAAUAAAUUAUACACCUGAACCUUCCUCAGCAAUAGCAUCAGGCAGUAGUACUUUUGAGUAUAUCGUGAACAGAUAGACAAACGCGAGGACUUCCAGGAUUAAAUGUUUCAUCAAAAGCAGUUGUUCUAGAGAUAUACCACAAUAGAAUAGGAACAGUUCAUAUCCUCCUGUAUAUUUCGUACGAGGCGACUAAUGGAUAUAAAACUUUUGAAAUUGGCAAGUGCAAGUCUGCAUCAAAAUCAUUAUUAAAGAGGAGACAUCUGACCGGCGGCCUGUCAUAAGAACCUCAUGGCUUUAUCGCCUUGAAGCCCGGGAUUGGCUAAAAACAUUCAGAAAAACACAGCCUUAUUAUUUUGGUCUUUAUUGAUAAAAUAUUGGCAUCUAUUGAUUCGAUUCUUUCUGGAAAUUCUAAUUGUUUGUAUCCCCGGACUUCGAUUUGCUGUUAAAACCCUGUGAAAGAAAAGCAAUACAAAAUAAAAUAUAAACAAUUCGAUGGGUGUAUAAAAAAAUGUCAAGGAGGAUAUCUAUGCGUGUCAAUGGUUUGACUAAGUUCUUAGGAUGCUAAAUCCCGUGUUGUGUUCAUUCUCGUGUGAAGUGGAGAAUACAAAGUAGCAAAGCAGAUUCUGAACUCUGACGCUUAACAGCUAAAGUGGGAAAACAGACAUGAUAAUGAGAAAGAAAAUUUACGAAAUACUAAACUUUUUACGAUAUUUUCACUAUACUGAGUGGGUUGCAAAGGUCAGUUUCUAUGCUCCCUGAGGGAUUACUAACGAUAAGAUCAAGACGACGAAGAGUCUUUUGGCCAUCAGUGGACAACGGCCAAAUAAACUAUUAAUCAAUUAUCUCACCUGUGGCCUAGAAACGAAACAUUCCUUGCAACUUGGUCUCCAUUCGCACUCACAUUUCACGUUCUGAAAUUAAAUAGGUACCUAUUAAAUUUAUUGUGUGCGCAGAGGGACUUUGCUAUUUACAUCACCGCCGAGUCGAAACGCAGCUAAUCAAUCACAGAGCGCCAUAUGAUAACCACACUGCAAUAUGAUUAGUUUGCUGUCUCACUGCGAAUCGACUCGAUGGUGAGAUAUUAUUAACUAGAUACAGCCUGCUAUAUCUACUUAGAUGUAACUAAUUGAGACCGGUUUCAUAAAACAUAAACCUAGGUCUAGCUGCACUGCGUUAUUUUGUGCUGUUGUUGUUGUUUUAUAUGGGAAAUAAAGAUAUUUUGUAUUACGUGCAUAAAAAAAAUCUUACUUUUUUAGAUUUAUGAAUUGAUUUAGCGCUGCUACAAGAUUUAACCUGUAAUAUAAAGAAAGUGUAGCUAUAUAUCUAUGUACAUUUUUAUAUGAAUCGUUUGAUUGAAAUUUAUUUUUACAAUAAAACAUGUUUAGAUUGGAAAACCGCGGUAGCCUAUAUUGGCCCGUAUUAUUAAGAAUAGUUGUAUUUUAUAAUCUGUUAGCUGCACAUCAAUAACAGCCCAGCAGUUAAGCCCUUAAAGUGUGACAUACAAACAGGCUUUCGUACUUAUAUUACUUUUACAUUAUAUAUAUUAGGUACUUUUUUAUCAUAAAGUUAUAAACUGGAGAUUCUUCUCAUAGGAAAUGGGCUAGCAACCUGUCACUAUAUCUCAAUUCCGUCAAUAAGCUAAACUAAACCUCAACGUGUUCUUCGGAGUUUCGCAACUCUUAGCUCUGUCCACCCCGUAAGUGUAUACAUGACACUAUACCUGUACCAUAGCUGUUUCCCACAGCUACCUCAAUACCAAAUUCCAUAAAUAUAAGCCCGGACGCAUGAAGAAGUAACAAAAAUAUAAACUUCCGCCUUUAUUAGUGGGAUAACAGAAUCUACAAAACAAUCUUAUCCAUUUUAGUUACACUGCCAACAACAUUUAUAAAGUAGUAUGGGAAUGUGUAUUUUGUCCUAAUAUAUUUAUUUAUUUAUUUAUGGAUAUCAUCUACCAAAAUUAAAUAUUCUUACCACUUACUCUUUUAUACCAUUUUUUGCAUGUUUUUUCGGUUGCUUCGGCGCUGCACUGUAAUGGUGAACAAAGUGUAAAUAAACUCCCAAAGAAACCAAAAUUAAUAUUGAAUUGUUCUGAACACAGACCAUUGUUCCGAACUAUCGCCCUGUUUGACACCAAUUAGGUUAUUCUCAGAGCGUUUCGAACGCUGCGGUAUUGUAUAAUAAUAUUAGGUUAAAACAUAUUUAUUAUAAAUUUAAUUUUUACUUACUUUUUUAUCUAUCUUAGAAUUUGAUUUCCUUCUGCUCAUUUUACAAUGGUCAUUGCCACACUGAAAUGAAAAAGAACAUUAAUAUUAAAAACAUUUUUAUGAAGAUUUUGAGACAUAGGUACCUUUAUUGUUGCAUAAGCGAUCUUGUUGCAUUUCAUGCGUGACAACGUAGUAGUCCUGUGCAAAAAAAUGUAGAGGAGUUCCCUCAUUGGGAGCCCAUCUUGUGUACACCAUUGUGUCUCGCUUUACAUUGUCAUAGGAACUGAACUGUCCAGUUCUAUAGGUAUAUUCGCAAACGAUGUCAGUAGGUAGCCCUCAUUAUCACACCUCUUUGUUUGUAACGGGUUAAACAUAUGUAAUGAAACUUACUUGGUUAUCUAUCCCGCAUUUUGAUAUAUUAUUGUCCUCUUCACAGCUAACAGACUGACUGCUUUUCUGAAAUAAAAUGAAUGUUGUCUGUAUUCAAUAAAUAGUAAG